UUUGGGAAUGAAUCCUGAAACGGUCGACUAUUAUGCAACAGUCCGACAGUGUGGAGGAAGUCACACUCUCACAUAUCCACACAAGAGAACCACUAGACUAAGCAAUGCUGGACAACUGGUUCGAGAAGAAGAAUCAGUGGUGCCUCUACUCAAAGAAGAGAUCGAUGUGCAGGGCGCUGAUGGACAUAUAUACAAAGGGAGACUACCUUCCUCGAGAAUAGAAGCCAAAAUACCAAGCAGCCUAACUUCCCAGCAUGGUCAUCUGAUUUACAUGGAGCAACAUGUACAUUCUACACAUGCGCCUGCUCGGCCGAUGUCAGCUACAGGCUCACGAUCCUCUUCACCUCGGCCAAUGUCAUCUCAGUCUAACCAGCGUCAUAGACCCGGAUCCUCUCAUGUCAGGAUUUCACAAGAUUACCAGCCUUCGGACAACA